AUGCACAAGCUGCCGCCACGUGUCGGGUCCACAUACACCCAUCUACAUGAAACCUCCUCUGUCCCCAUACCAAACUCCAUUUGCGCCUCGCGAAUCCCCCAAAAAGCUCUCUUUAUCUUCUCCACUUUGCUUUCACCGCACAACACGUUAUCCUCUGGUUCGUUUUCGUCAGAAUUCACAAUGUCGAAGGCUCUCGAUCGGAUAUCAAGCCCUUGUUGUUGCAAAGAUGGCAAGCACAAACAGAAAUCAGAUCCUGAAAUAUCUGAAGAAAAUAUGAAAUCUGGAAUUCUGAAAAAAGCAAGAAACAUGUCCAGUAAACUAAGGAAUUCUCUGAGAAUCAAGAGCAAAAGGAGGAAUGAUUUUGGAGUUUAUAAGAUUGAGGAUAUUUGUGAAACUGAGGAGCAGAAGGUUGUUGAUGCUUUUCGACAAGCACUGAUCGCAGAUAAUUUGCUUCCUGCAAGAUUUGAUGAUUACCAUGUAAUGUUAAGGUUUCUUAAAGCAAGGAAGUUUAACAUUGAAAAAGCAAAAGCGAUGUGGGCAAACAUGCUUCACUGGAGGAAAGACUUCGGCGCUGAUACAAUCAUGGAGGACUUGGACUUCAAGGAGUUGAAUGAGGUUCAAUGUUAUUAUCCUCAUGGAUAUCAUGGUGUUGACAAGGAUGGGAGACCUGUAUACAUUGAGAUAUUGGGUAGCAUUGAUGUUGACAUGCUACUCCAGGUUACGACUUUGGACCGAUUUGUGAAAUACCAAGUGCAGGAGUUUGAAAAAAGUAUUGCCGUUAGGUUUCCAGCAUGCUCCGCUGCAGCAAACAGGCAUAUAGAUUCAAGUACUACAAUUUUAGAUGUUCAAGGAUUGGGUCUAAUGAGUUUGACUGGCCCCGUUACAGACUUCAUUAGGACAAUCCAAAAGAUUGAUAAUGACAAUUAUCCUGAAACACUUCACCAAAUGUUUAUCAUCAAUGCUGGCCCUGGCUUCAGGCUGAUCUGGAACUUAGUCAAGCCUUUACUUGAUCCUGAAACGUCAUCAAAAAUUCAGGUUCUUGACAGCAAAUACCAAGGCAAAUUGUUUGAAGCAAUUGAUGAGAGCGAGCUGCCGUUUUUUCUUGGUGGUAGCUGUACUUGUGAGAUUGAAGGAGGCUGUUUGAGGUCAGAUAAAGGACCCUGGAACAAUCCAAAUUUAUUAAAGAUGAGUCUCGAUGUUGAAGUGCAUCCCAUCCAUAAACCGGAAAUUCUCUUGGAUAAUGAGGAAACUUAA